AUGAAAAACAUCCAUCACCAAAUACUGGGUUUGUCACUGCCAUUUGCCGCGUUCUUUCUCUUUUAUAUUAUCAUGGCACGUCCGCGUAGCACUACUCGCCCGUCUUCACCCGCAUCGCCAUCCCAUCGACCUAUAAUCAGCACGGCACAGCCACAAUCUCCACAAGAAGGUCGCAGUCGUGCCACAACCAAUGCAGGAACCCCACGACAAAGCGCACUCUUGACUGAGAGACAAGUCAAAAAGGAAUAUGCAGCAAUAGAAGAUUUACUCUUUGUGCUCAUGGGAAUCGAUGGUAUAUUCAUCAAGAUUGUUUAUCCUAAAGCUGUAAACGAAGACGAUGAUCCAAUGGAAGAUACUCACCCAUCAUUCAUCCGCAUCAUAGACCCUAGUGUACGCCAUUUGGUUGAAAAAAUAUUACCCUUAGCAACGUAUUAUAUAUCUGUCAAUGCAUUUGUCGAACAGUAUUCUCGAUUUGAGUAUGGCACCAUAAAUCAUGCCCUUUGUUCAGGAAUGCAUGUAUUUUUAAAGGAAUAUUUAACCUUUAUUGCCCAACUUGAACACCAAUUCCAAACAUCGGCUACAUUUACACUCCAACGUUUCUGGUUCUAUGCCCAAGAAACUCUUCAAGAUAUGUCUGCUCUCCACAGUCUAACCAUGAAAAUACGAAAUCUAUCAAAAGAAGAUGAUUCUACCGGAAUGGAAGAGGAUCUUGACGCUGUACUAGAAGAACUUGUCGGCGAGAAUAAAUCAGACGAAGUUCAUAUUCCAGAAUGGCAAAAAGGAGGUGCAAUACUAAAUGUUCUUGCUGAUCGACUGGUCGGGUUGAGUGGAAACCCAAAAUGCAAGAAAAUCUAUUCAUUUCUGCUUGCAUGUGCAUCUGCUCCAUAUUCUCACAUACUUAAUUUAUGGAUAUAUCGGGGAGAAAUUAACGAUACUUACAAUGAAUUUAUGAUUGUCGAGAAGAAAAGCAUUAAGAAAGAGACACUCAAAGAAGACUUCAACGACUCAUAUUGGGAAACACGUUAUUCGAUACGAGAGGGCCAUGUACCAAGAUUUCUAGAGCCAUUGAUGACGCAAAUACUUCUUGCUGGAAAAUAUCUCAAUGUUGUGAGAGAGUGUGGUAAGAGUUUUUCAGAGGUUAAUAACAUAUUUAUGUGUGCGUGUAUAAUUCCUAGAUUUGUGAAAAAUCUCGAUAUAGCCUACAGAUAUGCAAACCAUACUUUACUGAACCUGUUGCUAAAAGAACAGCAACUAAUUGCUCGUCUUCGCUCGUUGAAACAUUACUUCUUUCUUGAUCAAUCAGAUUUCUUAACUUCUUUUUUGGAUUUGGCCCGUGACGAAUUAAAACAACCAGCCAAAGACAUAUCUCUCACCCGCCUCCAAUCUUUGAUGGAUCUUGUAUUACGCAAUCCUUCAUCAGUCGCUGCCUACGAUCCAUUCAAAGAGGAUGUUAAAAUAUCUAUGAGCUCUCAUCGUCUGAUCGACCAAUUACUGCGUGUUAUUAAUGUAGCGGGUAUGGAUAGUCUACCAACAGAGAUGUUUCCUGGAACAAAAAACCCUAGAUGGACUAUAGGAAGUGGUCAUAUUGAUACACCUGCGCACGCAACACAUCUGCCUGAGCGUAGUCAAAGCAUGGCAGGAAGUGUAAUAGGUGGAGCACAAAAUGUGUUAACAGGAUACGAGGCUUUUACUUUAGACUAUACCGUGACUUUUCCAUUGUCUCUUGUUAUCUCUCGCAAAGCUCUUACAAAGUAUCAACUACUUUUCCGUCACUUGCUUUAUUUGAAGCACGUCGAGGAGUCGCUGUGUGCAAAAUGGAUAGAUCAAAAACAUGCACGCUGGAGACAAACUUCCAGAAAUCCUGAAAUUGAAGCAUGGAAGUACCGAAUAUAUUCUCUACGAACUCGAAUGUUGGCUUUUGUUCAACAGUUUGCUUAUUAUAUCGCAAACGAAGUUCUCGAACCAAACUGGGCACGCCUGGAAACCAACCUUACAAAAGCCUCUACUGUUGAUCAAGUUUUACAGUACCACUCAGAUUUUCUGGACGAAUGCUUGAAAGAGUGCAUGCUUACAAAUGCCAAGCUGCUAAAGAUUUACAACAAGCUGACAGGCUAUUGCACAUACUUUACUAAACUCGCAGAGCAAUUCAACGAAAUACUUAAUCAACUCGAGGAGCAACAGCAAGUAAAUGUUCUCGGCGUACCCAGAGGAGGUAUUGGGGCCAAGAGCACCUUGGCCGCCAGUCUCGAAAAUUCAAAUCUUACACUCGCUAAAAUCGAGGAUGCCUUCCUAUUCCACAUUGGGCUUUUGAUUGAGGCCUUGAAUUAUUAUUCAGCCACCGAGACCGUCCAGUUCCUAUCGCUUGUUGUUCGGAUCGAUUAUAAUCUGUUUUAUAAAGCCAACACUGGGCGUGAACGGCGCUCUGAUAGAAAUCCUGCCUAA